AUGCCUGGUCAGCGCACAAAGAAAGAGGGCGCAACGAAAGUCAUUCGUAAAGCCAACACUGAGCGCAAACCUCGCAGGACAUGGCAUCAUGACUUCGAAGCUACCCUCGGCAUCUUCAGUGCCCAAGAGUUGAGCACGAUGAAUAUAACCGACCGUCGUCCGAUCUAUUCGUCGAGUAGUUGGGUCUUUUCUCUCAAAAAGUACAUCGACGAUCUUCACAACCAGCUGAAGAAUUCGGGGCAUUAUAAGGUCCAGUUGGAGCCCAGCAUGCUCCUCCCCGCUCCCAAGAUUGCGCAAGUCAAGAUCGCAAAACUCGAAAAACAAAUCUCGCUUUAUCAACGGAAACUGGCUGAAAUGCGUGAAAUGAACGAAAAGAAAGAGGAAGCCGUGAGGGCUAGUAAAUCUCAUUGA